CCACGUGGCCAGUCGCUCAUCGUACAGCCGGCACAAAAGCCCGGAUUCCUUUCACAUGAGAACACGGGUACAUCUGCUUGCAAUCAUCUUUCUCCAGGCAGCCGGCCUGAUUAAGCAGAAAUGUGAUUCUCCACACUUGGUCCAAGGAGUGCUUGGCAGACACCCGCAGCCAAGGGGCUGGGAUUCGGCAGAGGCAGAAUAAACGCGCCUUUCACGCCCGGCAUCCCCAGCAGUCCCGUGGCUCCUGCGCUUGCAGCCUUGGUCACUUCUUGCCCUGCUUGCAGGAGGCAAGACACGCUGAAAUAAAGAGAAACUUGUUCUGUGGCAGGAAAGGUCAUUUCUUCUGGCCAGGCCUUUGGGAAGGAGACAGGAAGCGUAUUAUUUUAAAGGUGUCUCUCCCCUGCCAUGCUGCCGCCGUAUCCCCGCGGAGCCCUGCCCGGGGCCUCCCUCCUCUUUCUCCUCCUCCUCCUCCCACUGCUCUGCGCAGCCCCCGAUGUUUCAAGGGGGAAUAAGCUUAAAGAGAUGCUUCAGAAACGAGAAGCCCCUGUUGCCACGAAGCCCGAGCUGUCAAUGAAAGAAACAACAGCCAAGGAGUUCCUAAAUAGCCUGAGACGCCAGAGGCGCCAGCUGUGGGACAGGAGCCAGCCUGAUGUACAGCAGUGGUACCAGCAGUUCCUGUACCUGGGGUUUGAUGAGGCGAAAUUUGAGGAUGACAUGUCCUACUGGACCAACUUAGGGCGUGCUCGUAAUGAAUACUACGGUGGGUACUACCAACACCACUAUGAUGAAGAUGCACCGAUUGGUCCACGAAAUCCACACACUUUCAGGCACGGAGCAGGUGUCAACUAUGAUGAUUACUAAUGCCAUUUACACCCUGCUACAGCUGGUGCCUACACAGCUGCACUGCGUGAGACUGAGCCCUUCUCCCUCAGCCUUGCUUCCCUUCCAUUCAUGUAAAACAGCAAGAGCAAAGGAACUGCCAGAUUCCGACAAAAGCAACACGACUUUUUAAUUAUUGUUACUUAGUAGCACACUUUAUAUAAAGUGUUAUAGAAAUAAAGCUUUUUUGAUAAA